UGUUUUUUUCCAGCAGUCAAAAUGUCCCGGCUGAGUUUCAGCCUCGCUAACGUUUCAUAACCCUUCAGGGGCUGAAGUUAGAACAGAUAUUGUUGUUUUUUUAUUUUCACCCUCAGGACACAGACUUCUUCUGUCCACUUUAAUAUAUUUUUCCCCUGUGUUUUGUUUGUUCCUCCACUUGAAGAGGAAACUCCAUCUGGAAACUUCUGCACCAGGUCGUUUAGAAGUUUGACAAAGGUGGCAGCCAUGGUGCUGAUUCUUGGUCGAAGGAUGAACAGGGAGGAUUCUGGGAUCAGAGACUCGCCUGCUGUCAAACGCAAGGUGUUCGAAGUGGAGUCCAAAACUCUGGCCUGCCAGGACGUCCUGGACUUCUGCUCCGGCUCGUCGCACUCUGACGGCAUCCUGCAGGUCUUCAAUGAGUUCCGCGACUGCCGCCUUUUCACGGACGUGGUCAUCAGCGUGCAGGGCCGAGAGUUCCCCUGCCAUCGCGCCGUGCUCUCCGCCUGCUCCUCCUACUUCAGAGCCAUGUUCUGCAACGAUCACCGCGAGAGCCGGGAGAUGCUGGUGGAGAUCAACGGCAUCCUGGCCGAGGCCAUGGACUCCUUCCUCACCUACGUUUACACCGGCAGGGCCAAGAUCACCACCGAGAACGUCCAGUUUCUCUUCGAGACCUCCAGCCUCUUCCAGAUCGCCACGCUGCGUGACGCCUGUGCCAAGUUCCUGGAGGACCAGCUGGACCCCUGCAACUGCCUGGGCAUCCAGCGCUUCGCCGACGCCCAUUCCCUCAAGCAGCUGGCCAGCCGCUGCCGCGGCUACGCCCUGGCCAACUUCUCGGAGGUGGCUCAGCACGAGGAGUUCCUGGACCUGCGCAUGGAGGAGCUGGAAGAGUACAUCGACAGCGACGAGCUGUCCAUCGGGAAGGAGGAGGUGGUGUUUGAGGCCGUGAUGCGCUGGGUGUACCACAGCAUGGAGCACAGGAGGCCCAUCCUGAAGGCGCUGCUGCAGCACGUCCGCCUGCCCCUGCUGCACCCCAACUACUUCGUCCAGACGGUGGAGGGAGACCAGCUCAUCCAGAACGCCCCCGAAUGCUACCAGCUGCUGCACGAGGCGCGGCGGUACCACGUGCUCGGGAACGAGAUGAUGUCCCCCAGAACCCGACCUCGCAGGUCGACCGGAUACUCGGAGGUGAUCGUGGUGGUGGGGGGCUGCGAGCGAGUCGGGGGCUUCAACCUGCCCUACACUGAGUGCUACGAUCCGGUCACAGGAGAAUGGAAGUCUCUGGCCAAGCUGCCCGAGUUCACCAAGUCCGAGUACGCCGUCUGCGCACUCCGCAACGAUAUCCUGGUGUCAGGCGGCCGCAUCAACAGCAGGGACGUGUGGAUGUACAACUCGCAGCUCAACCUGUGGAUCAGAGUCGCUUCUCUCAACAAAGGCCGCUGGAGACACAAGAUGGGCGUCCUGCUGGGGAAGGUCUAUGCUGUGGGUGGCUACGACGGCCAGAGCCGCCUGGCCAGUGUGGAGUGUUACGACUCCUUCUCCAACCGCUGGACGGAGGUGGCGCCCAUGAAGGAGGCGGUCAGCUCUCCAGCUGUGGCCAGCUGCGCCGGAAAGCUCUUUGUGAUUGGAGGAGGGCCGGACGACGAGACCUGUUCAGACAAGGUUCAGUGCUACGAUCCGGAGACCAACAGCUGGCUACUGCGAGCCAGCAUCCCCAUCGCCAAGCGCUGCAUCACCGCCGUGUCCCUCAACAACCUCAUCUACGUGUGCGGCGGUCUCACCAAGUCCAUCUUCUGCUACGACCCGGUGGAGGACUACUGGAUGCACGUGGUGCACACCUUCAACAAGCAGGAGAGCUGCGGCAUGUCGGUGUGUAACGGGAAGAUCUUCAUCCUGGGCGGCCGCGGGGAAAGCGGCGAGGCCACCGACACCAUCCUGUGCUACGACCCGGCCACCGGCAUCAUCACGGGCGUGGCCAACAUGCCGCGGCCCAUCUCCUACCACGGCUGUGUCACCAUCCACCGCUACAACGACAAGUACCACCGGUCAUGAUCAUGGACGGCACACGCCCACACACACACACACACACACACACACACACACACACACGCACACACAGAGCAGAGAAAUAAUGUUUGUCAGUUGUGCUGCUGCUCGCAGCAGCAGGAGCCGGCGGCAGCGUCAUGUAGCAGUUCUCAGUGUGGGGCGGCGGGCCUGACGUCUGCAGUAACUGCAGUGAGGGGAAGUGUCCAUCUGCUGUCCCGCUCACUCCGCAUGGGCUCAGGGUGGAGUGACACACCUCCACGGUGUCUCCCGGUUCACCCAGAGCUUUUGAGAAUCAAUGAAAUUGGUUUAAAAAGGUAAAAAAAAAAAAAAAGUUAAAAAAAACAAUCAAAACUGCUUCUACAAAUCAAAUUUU